UCUAAUUUUCUCUCAUUCUUAUUCUUAUUCAAAGUGAGUCCGUAUCUCUUCUUAACGUUAUUUUUCAUAUUGAAUUUGGUUUCUUAUUUUCUUCAUUCUAAUUUACAUAUUGUGCUAGACUACUUAUUCUUUGUAUCUUGAUCUGUGAAGAAAUGGCUCGUACCAAGCAAACUGCCCGCAAAUCUACUGGUGGAAAGGCUCCCAGUCCCAGGAAAAAUCUUGCUAAGUACAUUGCUGUAAGGAAAUCAACUCCCACUACUGGUGGAGUCAAGAAGCCUCAUCGUUAUCGUCCAGGAACAGUUGCACUCCGUGAAAUUAGGAAGUACCAGAAGAGCACUGAGCUCUUGAUCCGGAAAUUGCCAUUCCAGCGCCUUAUUUAUCAGUUCAGUUUGAAGUUGUUAUUGGGUGGUACUGAUUUGAGGUUUCAGAGCCACGCUGUUCUUGCCCUACAAGAGGCUGCAGAAGCUUUUUUGGUGGGUUUGUUCGAGGACACCAAUCUGGCCCGGCCUGGUGCCAUCCAUGCCAAGAGAGUGACGAUCAUGCCCAAGGACAUUCAAUUGGCUCGCCGUAUCCGCUGUGAGCGUGCGUAGAUUCUAGAUCGGAGUUACCUAAUAUGUAUUCCUGUUUGGGAUACAGAUUAAAUAAUUUUAAUGUGCGAUAAGCAUUGGAUCAUUUUGCUGUUUUACUCUGUUAAAUUUUCAGAGUAAGAUGUCAUUCUCUUCUCCUUUAAUGGACUUAUAUUACUGUUAGAUUAACUUUGCCAUAUUCAAUUGUUGGAACUAGCUCGACGUUGCACUCCACCCCACUCAUGUUUGGUUAAUUUCCUAUAUAUGUUAAUUGGAAAGUCAGUUUAUAUAAUAUAUGCUAAAAAAAAGUAAUAACAGUAUUAUAAAUUUAUAACCUUUUAUUAAUAUACUCUGACCCUCACAGUUUUACCUGACAUGUGUAAUCUUGAAAUAACAUACAAUAUUGCCAAAGUCUCAUCUGAUUUAUUCAAAAUUUAAACAUGCACCCAUAUUAUACACCAUACCAACUUAUAAAAAUUAA